AUGGGAGCUCGAAAACAAGAACAAACUGAUUUAGCUCGAUGUGUUGUUCUUAAUUGUCUUGGAAUUAUUGUUUACCAGGAUCUAAAAAAUCGUAAUCGUAACAUGUCCAAUAUACUUCCAGAAAUUGUCAAUAUUUUCAUCGCUGAAACAAGGUUUAAUAAUAGAUAUUUAUCCAGAGUAGCUUGUGAUAUGCUGAAAUUACAAACGGAUCAUAUUAAUUUUCUCGCUGAAGCUUAUCCCUCAAUUCCCAAACAAAUUGUCGAAGGACUAAUUUUUUCAAUCACGAAUCAUUUAACUAUGGUCAGGGAGAGUAACUCUUAUAAAGAUUAUCGAAAUUUACUCCUUAGCUUACUUAUGUGCCUUGGACAGUGGUGCCUUUGUUUACCGCGGAAAAUAUUAUUCAGCCCAAUUAAAUCGGAUCAAAGUCCUUUAACUUUAUUUCUUAUAAUCCAAGUAUUAAAUCAUGUCAUAUCAGAAUUAAACUGUGAUAAUUCAUCAACAAAGACAACAAUUAACAAUCCCAGACGCAUGGAAUCAGAUAAUAUUGGUAACAGUGGUUUAAAUGCCGCAGGUAAUGGUUUGGAUGGUGAUUUUGGCUUCCAUCAACCACCAUCAUUCAGAUCAAACUCUGUUGAUCCAUUUUCAGAUAAAUCUAAAAACGAUGGAUUAGUUAUUCAAUUGGCAGCGAAAAUGAUUCUUGGCCACAUUUUAUAUUUUCUUGAUCAUUUUCCACUUCCAACCAUUGGAGCUCCUCGACUUUCAUCUUGUAUUAAUGAAGCAGAUGACAACUGUUUCAUUCCGACGAAAGCAGAUCAACCCGAUCACGAACAGCAAGAACUAACAUCGGAUCUUUUCAAUGCUCCUAAUGUACUUGUUUGUAUGGUCAAUAAUUCAUCGAUCGUCUCUUUUGUUGACCUUAGUUGUGGUGCUUCCAAUGAAAACGCUCUGAGAAAUGCUUCUGCUAAUUUAAUCAAAAACGAUCCUUACAUUAGAAUAAUUGUUCGAGACGUAAUUGGAAAGUUCACUUGGGACUGUUGUCCAAUUUUAUCUUGCUAUCGACGAAAUGCAAGUUCUCUGGACAGUUAUUCUUUACCAACAGAUGAUUUCUCAUUGAAAUCGCGAAGUCUUGGUGACCUGGAAGAGAAAGAGGAAGAUGAUGAUGAUCCGUGUAUGAGAAACGAUCCCUUGGACUUGACACUUCGUGAGAUUGGUAAAAGUAUCUACACAAGUAAAAAGUAUUUCUCGAAUACUCCAGUUCCAGCUCUUAACGAUAAUCUUGAUCAAGCCAUUGAUGAGCCAUCAUCAUUUCGACAAUUUAUUAAUCAUUUGAACAGAAAAAAAUCUAUUAAUUAA